CUGAAGCGACAGGCCUACUACGCUGAUUACCUCGGCGACGCUGCUUCUGAUGAACUCUAAUUAGCGGACUUGCCUACAAUAUCUUCAGAAUAUACGUGAUGUCAUUCUUAUUUUAUCCAUUUAUUCUUACUCGUGAUAGUUUCAUACUCAUCACCAUAACUGUGUGUGUUAAUUAAAAAAUAUAUAAAAUGAGGAAACUAUAGGCUAUGCACACGUAGUCUCUUCAGUAUUUUGAAUGAUAAAAUAGACUCGAGCCAAUACUAUUGCAUUUUGUAUGUCGAAAUUUUAAAAUGUUAUCCUCUCCGUUUGUCUGUGAUCUUAAUGGAGAGUUGGUGUGAACUUUCUGUACGAUCAAGUAAUUUGUCAAUUAAGUAAUUAAUACAAGUAAUUUGUCAAUUGAAUGAGUCACUGUCCGCACGAACGUAUACUACUGUAUUUGACACUUGAUGGUAACAGCUGAGUGCUGUUUGCGUUUGGUUGCGAGUGGCGUUGGUCUUGUAGCUCCUAAGCUCUACACCGCCCGGCCCCGCCGAUGCUUUUCUUUGUUAAAGAUUUUAAAUAACCAUUAUUUAUUCCAGUCAAUAUAUUUUCCGGCGAGAUGAGUGACGGUCAAGAAGUCAGCAGGCCGGGCUGGCCGGCUGAAGCUGAUGACGGGAAUCCGACAAAUGGCAGUGGGAGAGAAAGCCCCAGUGUCAGUGAAGGAUCUUGGGUGACUGAGACAGGCUGCUUGGGAUCCCGCUGCUGUGAUCCCAAACAAGGCCCCUAUAGAUUUGUGGGCCUCGUCUUCAUGUGCUUCCUUGGUUUUGGCUCCUACUUCUGUUAUGACACUCCAGCUUCGUUACAAAACGAGAUCAAGACAGAUAUGAAUGUCUCAACUCUGCAGUUCUCCACCCUGUAUUCUCUAUACUCAUGGCCGAAUGUUGUGCUGUGCUUUGUUGGUGGCUUCCUCAUUGACAGAAUAUUCGGGAUCAGACUGGGUACGCUCAUCUUCUCAACAAUUGUGACUGUUGGUCACUUCGUCUUUUCAUUUGGUGCACUUAUUAAUGCAUUCUGGUGCAUGCAACUUGGACGAUUCAUUUUUGGUGUCGGUGGUGAGAGCUUGGCAGUAGCACAGAAUGCCUACACCGUAAGCUGGUUCAAAGGCAAGGAGUUGAACACCGUGUUUGGCCUGAUGCUGAGCAUGGCCAGAGUAGGCUCUACCGUCAACUUCCUUGUCAUGGAGCCCAUCUAUAACUGGGUUGAUCAGACGCAGGACGGACAUGUUACUUUGGGAAUUACCCUUGCCAUUGGUGGCUUUACUUGCAUAUUCUCGCUUACAUGCGCCAUAGUUCUUGCUAUCUUAGAUAGAAGACGAAGCAAAGUUCUACGUGUGGCAUCAGCUGAAGUUGGAGAGAAAAUUCAACUGAAAGAUAUCGGUAAAUUCCCGCUGAGCUUCUGGCUGAUCAGCGUCAUCUGUGUCACCUUCUACUCUGCCAUCUUCCCUUUCAUUGGACUCUCCAAAGUUUUCUUCAUGUACAAGUACGGGCUAAGCAGUGCUAAAGCGAACACUGUGUCCAGCAUCGUGUACAUCAUCUCAGCGUUUGCGUCACCAAUGUUUGGCUUUGUCGUGGACAAGACGGGACGUAACAUCAUGUGGGUUGGCCUUGCCUGCCUUGUCACCAUGGGCGCACAUGCGAUCAUGGCCUUCACAUUCAUCAACCCCUACAUCCCUAUGUGCAUUAUGGGCCUGUCUUACUCGUUGUUGGCGAGCUCUCUUUGGCCAAUGGUGGCUCUCAUCCUGCCCGAGUCGCAGCUGGGCACUGCUUACGGCAUAAUGCAGAGUAUCCAAAACCUGGGGCUGGCGCUGAUCAGCAUGCUAUCAGGAUUUGUAGUUGACAACUACGGCUACCUGAUGCUGGAAGUGCUCAACCUGAUAUGUCUCAGCCUGGCUGUGGGCAGCACGGGCGUGAUCUACGUGGUAGACAUGAUACAAGACGGCGGCUACCUCAUGAAGCCUAACAAGGAGCGAGGCAUUGUGUCUCCUCGGGUGGAAAAACUUAUGAAAGAAGCCGCACUCAAGAAGAUCAGUGAGAACGAGGACAAGGAUGGCAAGCUGUCAAAAACUGAUGAGGGUGAAAAGGUCGUCAUGGAGGAAAUUGAAAAAAAGAAGCCAGUCGACCAGGACAGCAAAGUCGGCAUUGCCGUUAACGAAGGUUAUGAAACUUCUGAGGACGAGCCUAAAUUUGAAGAGAAGAAUUCGGUCGCAAUUGUGACUGUAAAAGCAUCGUCCGACGACCAUGAAGACGAUGUAUCUUCUUCGUCGUCAGAUUCUGAAGUUUCCGCCAGAAGCUCGUCAUCUGGUUCGUCCUCCAUCAGUGAAGUCAACGACGAGAAAUCGGUUUCUUCGACAGACGAUGAAAUAGCGUCUAGACACCCACCAAACGACGACUUAGACGAUUCAGAAAAAAUAACUUGUUUCUAACGAAGGGAAUUACUUGCGAUGGAUGAACAACAUAUUCCAAUGAAGAUCUCUUUUGGAAGAAGAGGAAGAGUGACGCCCUACUGAUGCCCGACUUCAGACCAUCAGAAAACUUUCAGAUCGCUUUUUUGUGGGCAUUGUUUCCAGAAGAUUCACUCUGUUACCGCUGCUGAAGUGAUACAUAUUUUGUCUUGUUCAAGUUAUUUAUGUCGAUAAUAUGUUCCUGUACAUAUAUUAUACAAGCGUGCGUUUUUCGGUAUAUCAACACACACAUUCCAUCGCGUGUGAUUAUAUUGUCAAUUGGUUCUCAUGUACAGACAACCUGAAAUCCAAGUUGCUUAUGUCAAAUGUAGACGAGAUAACUUCUUUCACCUUGAUUAUUUUAAUCUAGUUUUGAGUCUAUUUCCUGAUGGGCUAUUCUCUUUAAAAUCGAUCCAGUGCACUUGGCAUUAUUGGACUCCUUCAAGCAUGCUCCUAUCUUCGAGACGAAGGACGUGAUUUUUGGACUAAAGAUCGCUGAUCUUAAGCCUUACCUUGUGUAUUUUAAACCAGUAAUAUUUUGCGCUAUCGGGCAUAUCUUCUAUAUUGUAGAAUGCGUGGCAUGGCUCAGUACAAAUACUAUAUCAACUUCAACGGCUGUGAUGAUGAUGUCAUCCUUAGACUGAAUACUUAGCUUCAUUCCCUUAGCUCAUCGUCUCAGGAUCGCUCACUGAUUGACGUCAUAUUUCAGAAUUUAGAGUAAAAUUUCUCAGAGUAGAAAACUGCAUGCACAGUUUUACUCACGGUUGUGCCAAGGAAUAAUCAGGAAUAAUUUCUAAUCAGGAAUAAGAAGUUGGCGUGAAAAUAAAUUUGUUUAGACCUUUUAUCUUUCCACUUCUGAUCUAAGGAGGAAAUUUGUUGCAUAUUUGAAGUCGGAUAUGAUAUUGUAUAUCUAUCUCAGUUACAUGAUGUAAUAACCAAAGAAUAGCGUUCUAAAUGGGUUGAUGGUCAAUGUUGUAUUCGCCAUUCCGAUUCUCAUCAAGGAGUUAUAAAGUUCAUCAGUUGUGUUCAUCUUAGGAACAUAUUUAUUUAUAGUAGCUUUAUUUUUGAAUCCUGUGAAGACUUUUUUAAAUGAAAUGUUUAAUAAAAUUUUCACCUAUUCUGUU